AUGCUAAGACUGACAUUUGGAGUGAACUCUAGUCCAUUUCUUGCCAUUGCAACAGUGAAUGCUCAUGUCAAUAAGUACGUAGAGACAUUCCCUGACGCCACAAGGGAAAUCCUACAUAACAUGUAUGCAGAUGAUUGCUUAACAGGAGCUGACUCAGACAACUCAGCGCUGAAACGUCAACAAGAGAUGUCAGACAUUAUGAUGGCAGCAGCGUUCAACUUGACAAAACGGGCUAGCAAUUCAAAGUUCGUCAUGGAUAGCAUAGACCCAAACAAAAGAGCAACGUCACUACUAGUGGAGUGUGAUUCACGUGAGCCACUCAAAGCCCUAGGUGUAUCAUGGGACUUGAAUUCUGACCGCUUCAGAUUCAUUGCACCAAAUGAAAGUGUUUCAUCUCAUGAUCCAAUGACGAAAAGGAGCUUUCUAAGUUUAGCAUCGAGAAUGUUCGACCCAGUGGGAUUGAUAUCUCCUUUCACUGUGAGAGCAAAGAUCCUUUUCCAAGAACUGUGGAGGAGAGGAUUAGAAUGGGACGACCCAUUAGAUAGUGACAUUGAACAGGAGUGGUCAUCGUGCAAAUCAGAGUUGUUGCAGCUGAAAGAUGUGACAAUACAUCGAUGGUUUGGAACAAGUGUCACUUCGAGGUCUAUGGUCGAGCUACAUGGUUUUGGAGACGCUUCUCCAAAGGCCUAUGGAGCAGCAGUGUACAUUCGAGUUAUAGACAGUGUAGGACAAGUAUCCACUAAGUUGGUUAUGUUAAAAUCGAGAGUUGCACCUAUCAAGGAAGUGUCACUUGCACGACUAGAGCUACUGGCAGCAGUUGUCAAUGCUGGACUACUGAAGUUUGUUGUAGAAACAUUGCAGAUCAAGAUGCACCGUGUUGUAUACUGGACAGAUAGUAUGGUGACGCCACAUUGGAUAAGAAGACAAAGUUCGUGCUGGCAGCCAUUUGUGGCAAAUCGAGUAUUAAAAAUACAGUCCACAUGGAAUCCUGUCGGAACUGUUGUGCUAGCAAGGACAAUCCUGCAGAUUUGUUGA